AUGGGUUCGAAUGGGACAAGCACAGGCGGGAGGAGAAAGACAGCCGUUGAGACGCUGCGCGCUAUGCUUGCAGAUCCCGACAAAUUCAUCGCAUGUCCCGGUGUAUACGAUGGCUUCACAGCACGGAUUGCGCUGCAAGAAGGCGCAGACUGUCUGUACAUGACGGGCGCAGGGACAACAAUGUCCAGACUCGGCAUGGCAGACAUGGGCAUCGCAACCCUCAACGAUAUGCUCUCCAAUGCCUCCAUGAUCGCAAACCUCGACCCCUCCGUCCCCCUCAUCGCAGACGCAGACACAGGCUAUGGCGGCCCCAUAAUGGCCGGCCGCACAACAACCGCCUACAUCCGUGCCGGCAUAGCAGGCCUCCAUCUCGAAGACCAGAUAGCGACCAAGCGCUGCGGCCACCUGAACGGCAAGCAACUCGUCAGCACAGCAGAAUAUGCAUCGCGAAUCAAAGCCGCAGUACUAGCCCGUGAGCAAAGCGGCGGCGACAUCGUCAUCAUCGCGCGAACAGACGCACUGCAAGGAUUCGGCUACGACGAGGCGAUCAAGCGGUUAAAGGUCGCCGUAGCUGAAGGCGCAGACGCCGCGUUUCUCGAAGGCGUGAAUACCCGCGAAGAAGCAGAGCGCGCAUGCAAGGAUCUCGCCCCGACGCCGUGUCUGUUCAACAAUGUGCCCGGCGGCGUGUCUCCGGAUUUCGGCGUCGAGGAGUGCAAGGAUAUUGGGUAUAGGAUCGCCAUCUUCCCGUGUCUAGCAUUCGAGGUCGUGUACCCGGCGGUUAGAAAGGCAAUGCAGCAGCUGAACACGAUUGGCAACGUCAAGUCUGUGGAGAAAGACGGGCGGAGAUAUGGGCCAAGAGAAUUAUUCGCAGUAUGCGGGUUGGACGACAUGAUUGAGUUUGAUGCUCAGGCUGGGGGGACGGCGUAUACGGAUGCAUGA